AUGGACGAUGAUCUCACAUUUGGCUCGUCCGUCUGGGGAUCGCCUGACCCCGUUCUUCCUCCUCUUUCCCAGUCAUUCUCUGCACCUGCCCCACAAUUCGAUGAUUUCGAUGAUGAUUUUGGGGACUCUGCGCCAGUUGACACAACCAACACCGGUGAAGACGACGAUUUUGGUGAUUUCGGAGACUUUGGCGAGGCAGAUGGGGUCCCGGACACCUCAUUUGGUGUUGCAUUGCAAGACACGGUGCUUCCGCUAGCAAUCGCGGCUGCUUGGGAGCCACUCAAGUUAGAUCCAAUGCCUGACAAGGACGACCUUCGAGAACAGGUUGACACAAUACUCGCGCCCAUCUGGAGAUACGGAGAUGUUACAACCAACGAGGGUAUCCGUGAGGUAGAGGGAAUUAGUCAAAUUUUGGUCAGUCCGCAAAGUCGGGAACUCUACGCAAUGCUUUUCCAGUCUCCUCCACCUACAAAACCGCCAAAUUGGACCCGCUCACGCAUCCGCCGGCAGCACCUGAUCACGCUAGGCAUUCCGGUCAACCUAGACGAAGUGUUACCCCCCGCAGGCCAAUGGCCAUGCCAUGCCCCCACUCCAAGUAACAAUGCGACCCAUGUCUGCACCACCGGGUCCUCACAAGAAUGGGCAGAGCAGUUUGGCCCCAAACCAGAAAUAGACAACGCCAAGAUUGCGCAAUUGCUUGCCUUAGAUUCGGAAACCCUCGCGAUACAGCCAAUCAGCGUUUUGGAGGGCUACCUGGCAGCCUUACGCACGCAAACUGCAACAACAUCAACACUACUUUCCCACCUUCUCCAGACUCGAGAUUCGCUCCAACAAGAUUCAGAAACUUACAACAAGCUCAUCGCAGAGCUUGUGGGUGAGGCGCAAAAAAUCAAGACCAAAGGUCGGACGCCCAGCAGAAAAGGGAGCGGCAUGAGCUAA